AUAGGCGUGCAAUGAUGAAUAAACCAAAAAUCUGAGUAACGUUACACCGGACGUGUAAAAAAGAAAAAAACAAGAAUGUGGUACAUGAGCCCGCCAAGGCGUUGGGCAGUGUCUUGUGAUUUGAAAAUGUUGGCGCGGCAGAAGACGCCCAAUAGCGUUUAGACAGCGCGUGGGGAGCCGCCCAAUGGAAGGCGGGCACAUUCCAGACGCCCAAUGAGCGGCGAGCAGCUCGAACCCUUAAAAGGGCCGCGGUCUGUGCGCAGAGUUAUUCCGUUUCUUUGGUGCAGAAGAACAAAGUUUGACGUUAUGGCAAGAACCAAGCAGACGGCCCGUAAGUCUACCGGUGGCAAAGCCCCGAGGAAGCAGCUGGCUACUAAGGCUGCUCGUAAGAGCGCCCCAGCUACUGGCGGCGUCAAGAAGCCUCACCGUUACAGGCCCGGCACCGUGGCUCUGAGGGAGAUCCGCCGUUACCAGAAAUCCACAGAGCUGCUGAUCCGUAAGCUGCCCUUCCAGCGCCUGGUGCGGGAGAUCGCUCAGGACUUCAAGACCGAUCUCCGCUUCCAGAGCUCUGCCGUCAUGGCUCUGCAGGAGGCUAGCGAGGCGUACUUGGUGGGUCUGUUCGAGGACACUAAUCUGUGCGCCAUCCACGCCAAGAGAGUCACCAUCAUGCCUAAGGACAUCCAGCUGGCUCGCCGUAUCCGCGGAGAGCGCGCUUAACUUAUACGGAGCGCUCCCAGCUUUUUCCCCAAAAAGUACCCAAAGGCUCUUUUAAGA